AUGCAUGUGCGUAUGCUUUCUGAUACAAAACUUACCUUGCAGGACUCGCCACAGGCCAAGAUUGCCGAUGUGCAGGUGCGCAUCGAGAAACAGCACCGGAUGAUUGAGGGAUUCCAAACUCUGCAGAAUGCGACACCCAAUCCCGAUGUGAUUCGGCAAGCUGAAUCCAACAUUCGCAACGCACAGCGCACGAUUUCCUACCUCCAGGAGAGCCUCUACUCUAUCCAGACGCGCGCAUCUGUCGAUCUGAGCAACAGCACGCUUGACGCGUCUAUGCCGAGCACAGUGUCGUCCCAGGCAAGUCUUGUGGGCAAAGGCUUGGUCGUGCCCGCGCCCGGCAGUUUGGCUACCGCUGACGCAGCGCAUCACGGGCAGUAUGGUGCCCAGCACCCGAUCGACAGCAGUGUAGCGUAUCGCAACGGAAGCACCUACUAUGGUGGUGUUCUCGGCGAAUACAGUGACAGUCCUGUCCUCCAGCAAGGCUUGAACCGCGACGAUACAGCCACACGCCGCAACUUUUCCAACCUUGACCUGCUCAAGUACGAUACACCACUGACCAGUGCCAAGAUCAGCAAAGCGCUCAACCAGCUCAACCAUAAACUCGAGCUCGAGAAGCAAUACAAGCACGGCUUCGACAAAAUUGCCAAACUGUACCAAGCCGACGGCGAUCGCCGAAGCCAUGCCGACGCCGUGUCGCGUCGUGCCGAGAGUGCCAGCAAGAUGGUACUAAUCCAGCAGGCCUUAAAACGCUACAAGCAGCUGCACAUCAUCGACGAGCCCGAAGACGAUGCGGAUCCUUCCUACAUAAACCGUCGCGCACGCAAGCCCCAGACUGGAACGCUCAUUUGCAAAAUCAUGGCCGUAAAGGAUAUCGACCAUGCGCCCGUACCGACCCGAUCGCGCAGCGGCCGUGAAUCGUACAUUGCACUCAAGAUUGAGGACACGGAGCGCGUCCAAACGCAAGCAUCGCGCCAUGACCAGUGGAACGAAGACUUUGAACUGCGCAUCGACAACGGUAAUGAGAUCGAGUUGGUCAUUUUUGACCGUGUGGGCUCCAAGCAGCCGGUACCCGUCGGCCUCGUCUGGAUCCGCAUCAGCGAUCUCAUCGACCAGCUCCGCCGGAAAAAGUUUGGCCAGAUGCAGGGUUCUGAAGCGACACUCAGCCCUGGGCUUAACAGCCGUGGCGGCGAAUGGGUCACUGCCGAGCGCACGCAGCAGAGCCCGAAUGCUCCGGGCGGCGCAAACGGCACCUUUUACGACACGCCUGCAGGCAAACCCGUUCCCACCACGCCUCUUCAGGCCGGCGUCGAGGGAUGGUUUACCGUGGAACCCACCGGCGCCGUCUACCUCAAGCUCAACUUUGUUAAGCAAAACGUGCAGAAACGGCCGUUUGAUGCUCGCCUUGGCCGUCAAGGUGCCCUGCGCAAGCGCCGCGACGAUGUGUCUGAGAUCAACGGACACCGGUUUGUUCCUCGUCAAUUCUACCAAAUGAUUCGCUGCGCCCUCUGCGGCGAGCUGAUCUUGAAUGGGUCGGGCAGCCAGUGCGAAGACUGCCACUAUAUGUGCCACCGCAAGUGCGCGCAAAAGGUGGUGAUCAAAUGCAUUAACAAGAGCAAUUUGGAGUCGGACCGCGACGAAGUCAAGCUGAACCAUCGCAUUCCCCACCGAUUCGAGACAUUUACCAACCUCGGCACAAACUGGUGCUGCCACUGUGGAUACAUGCUUGCGCUCGGUCGGAAGACCAAUCGCAAGUGCCAAGAGUGUGACAUCACUUGCCACGCAGACUGUGCGCACUUAGUCCCUGACUUUUGCGGCAUGUCGAUGGAGAUGGCGAACCAGCUGUUGACAAACAUCGCCACCAUCAACCGCGACAAGCUCACGGGCAAACCCGCACUCCAACGCAAGCUCGGCGAAGUCGAUGUGCCUAUCUCGCGCACGCCGCCAGCAAUGAAGGGCGAGGCAGAGCAGCGCCAAGCAGCGUCUCCAGAUGCCGCUGCGCAAAAUUUACAAAAGCUCGAGAUCACGCCAGGUGCAAUGCCGGCGGGCGAAGCGUUCACGCCCAACUCCGUGGUGCCGCCAAAGCCCCUCCCCCUUCCGCACCAAGGCCCUAUUCCUACGUCCAACAUCACCAGCCCGGUGACGCCCCCUGGCCGCGUUCCUGUGCCGACUGUGGGCGCACCUUCAGCGCUGCCCGCACCUAAAGCAGUGCCGCCAGUGGCCCGUCCGCCGCUUGCAGACCCAGUGGCACCGCCCAUUACGACUUCAGUGGCCAACGCAGCCAGUGUGGAUGCCUCGCCGCAAAAGAUUGUGGCGCAGGCCACUGCGCCGCCAGCCACGACGCUGCAACCGCUUCCCUCCUCGUCGCAGCACCAAGUAUCGCUCAAUGACUUCAACUUUUUGGCGGUGCUGGGCAAAGGCAACUUUGGCAAAGUGAUGCUUGCGGAGGACAAGCAUACCGGCUCGCUCUACGCCAUCAAAGUGCUCAAGAAGGAGUUUAUCAUUGAGAACGACGAAAUCGACAGCACGCGGUCCGAAAAGCGCGUCUUUCUCACCGCUGCACGCGACCGUCAUCCGUUCCUUCUCGGCCUCCACUCGUGCUUCCAAACGGAGACGCGUGUGUACUUUGUAAUGGAGUAUGUCAGCGGUGGCGAUCUUAUGUUGCACAUCCAGCGCGAGCAAUUUAAUCUGCACCGUGCCAAAUUCUAUGCGGCCGAGGUUCUCCUUGCCCUCGAGUACUUCCACAAGCACGGCAUUAUCUACCGUGACUUGAAGCUUGACAAUAUCAUGCUUACGCUGGACGGGCAUGUCAAAAUUGCCGACUAUGGUCUGUGCAAGGAAGGGAUGUGGUAUGGGAAUACCACCAGCACGUUUUGCGGUACGCCCGAGUUCAUGGCGCCCGAGAUCCUCUUGGAGCAGCGCUAUGGCCGUGCAGUCGACUGGUGGGCGUUUGGUAUUCUCCUCUACGAAAUGCUUUUGGGACAAGCGCCGUUCCGCGGCGACGACGAGGACGAAAUCUUUGACGCGAUUUUGGAAGACGAGCCGCUGUAUCCCAUCCAGAUGCCGCGCGAGUCUGUCUCACUCCUUCAGCGCUUGCUUACACGCGAUCCCAGCAAGCGUCUCGGCGCGGGUCCGGACGAUGCAGAGGAAGUCAAGGCGCAUCCCUUUUUCCGGGACGUGCGGUGGGACGACUUGCUCCAAAAGCGUAUUACCCCGCCGUUUUGCCCGACAUUGAAAAAUGCCAGCGACACCACCUGGUUCGAUACUGACUUCACCAACGAAAAGCCCACCUUGACGCCCGUGCACAGCGUCUUUUCCCCGCAGGACCAGGCCGAGUUCCGCGACUUUUCUUGGACCAACCCCCAUAUGAAUUUCGCACGUGCCAACAUGCCCAACGUUCGGGACGUCGAAGCAGCACAGUUCAUUAACGCGUACGCUCAGCACUUGAAGCGGUCUGACGCCGCGAUGGCGAAAGAAUGUACUAACGAUGUAGGCAAGCUUGAACUCCCUACUUGGGUAGACAUUGUCAAGACGGGUGCUUUCAAGGAGCAGGCGCCGUACGACCCUGACUGGUACUACGUCCGUGCUGCCACGCUCGCGCGCCACAUUUACCUGCGCAAGCACGUCGGUGUCGGUAUGCUUCGUAAGUACUACGGUGGCGCCAAGAACCGUGGCUUCCGCCCUUCGCACCACUGCGAUGCAUCCGGUGCUGUCCAGCGCAAGGUCCUCCAGAGCCUCGAGCGCAUCGGUGUGCUUGAGCACUCGGCCAAGGGCGGCCGCUGUAUCUCCCAGGAUGGUAUGCGCGACCUUGACCGUAUUGCUAUGGCCGUCAUUGAGGCUCAGCGUGAGGACGAGGACGAGGAUGACGAUGACGACGAGGACGAGGACGAGGACGAGGACGACGAGUAA